GGGCCAGACCCCGUCCCUGGGGCGCUGAAGAUCACCCGGAGAGAGCCUGGGACAUGAUGGGGAGCUCGCCCCUGCGCACCAAGGCCCAGCAGUGUUUCGCGACCCCACUGCACAGGUCCCAGAGUCUGUGCCGGCUUGGCCCCCCCGCUGCACCUGCUGCGCCCCACUUCAAAUCUCCCAACCCUUGAAAACUGCACGCCCCCCCCCCCCCCCGCGCCGCCCUCGGCACCCCUUUCCCGGCACCUGCAGAGGCGAGAGAAAAGGGCGGCAGGAAGGAGGUGGGGACGUAGAGAGACAGUCGACAGUCCCAGCCUCCCCUGCCCGCCACCCCCACUCCAACUCAACAGCUGUCACGUGGUGCCUGGAGUGGCGGGGGGGGGGGGGGCGGCGGGAGAAGAGGCGAGACUUUUUUUGGGUGCUUCGGAUCGCCAGUAGUUCUUCAGUCCAAGCCACCAACUCCGGAGGUGCCAAGCUUGGCCCGAGAGCGCGGGCGAGAGCCGUGGGGACCCGCCGCUGAGAGCCCCGGCGCGGGCGAUGCGGGCGCCGCGGGCGACACCUGCGGCUCCUCUCGGUGGCGGCCGUCGCUCGGGCGGCAGCAGCGCGGGCCGCGGCAGUCUCCGCAGCCACGGUGACCGCGGCGCGGGCGUCCCCGGCGGCGGCCGCCGCCUCUGAGGCGCCUGCCCGCUCCCGGCUCCGCGGCUCCGGGAGGAUGUGGGUCCUCGGCAUCGCGGCAACUUUUUGCGGAUUGUGCUUGCUUCCAGGUUUUGCGUUGCAAAUCCAAUGCUACCAGUGUGAAGAAUUCCAGCUGAACAACGACUGCUCCUCCCCUGAGUUCAUCGUGAACUGUACGGUGAACGUUCAAGACAUGUGUCAGAAAGAAGUUAUGGAGCAAAGUGCCGGAAUCAUGUAUCGCAAGUCAUGUGCGUCCUCCGCGGCUUGUCUCAUCGCCUCCGCCGGCUACCAGUCCUUCUGCUCCCCAGGGAAACUGAACUCGGUGUGCAUCAGCUGCUGCAACACCCCUCUUUGCAAUGGGCCAAGGCCCAAGAAAAGGGGCAGCUCUGCCCCAGUCCUCAGGCCAGGGCUCCUUACCACCAUCCUGCUCCUCAAGUUAGCCCUCUUCAUGGCCCACUGCUGAAGCUGAAGAAGAUGCCACCCCUCCUGCAUCAUUCUGGCCCUCACUCUCCCACCCCUCCAAGUUUUCUUCUGAGUGUCCUUUUAUUCUGGGUAGAGAGGAGAGCUUUUGUUGUUGUUGUUGUUGUUAUUCCUUUGCAAAGAAUGAAAGAGCCCAAAACACUGUUGUGAGCUCUGAAUCCAUUACUUCAGUCUGAAAUUUCAGUGUGUGUCUGAAGGAAGGGAGCGUAGCUAAAUUUCUGUGUCCUGUCCCAGUACCAGAUUCAAAGCCAGGCAAGCUGAUAUAUCAACACUUUGGAAGUCACCAAGGUGGGCCCCUGCCCUUUCCAAAGCCCCCCAUCUCCUAGCUUCCAUUCUGUCCUUGAGAAUAGAAAAGUAUGUUUUGGGACUGCUAUGGGAAAUAAGAUUGUCUCUCUGGGGGGAAGGCUAGUUCCUACUUAAGACUCCACACCUGAUGGUUCACACUUCAUGCUCCUCCUGCAAGCCAUUCUCUGCGGCCAGAUUGACUGGUUUUGCCUCAGAGUUGGGCUGUGGUGACUCACAACUCGAUGGCUGGGGCUUGGGAGCUGGCUCUGCCUCACACUGAAACGUGCUUAAGAAAACCUUAUUAGUUCUCCUUGCAGAGGAAUUGCGCUGGGAGCUCAAGAAGAUGAGAGGGCUGCGGGCCGAGCUGGCACUCCCGGUGGUGGAGCUCUUGUGGGAACGCAGGCGUCUCUGCUGAUUGGCAUGCUGUAGCGUCAGGUGACAACGCAACACCUGCCCGAACACCUUGCGGAACUGCUGUGAGGACACGUUGUACAGGAGCGGGUUGAUCACUGAGCUGAGGUAGAAGAAGGUGUCUGAGAAAGGGAGGAGAAUCAUGUAUGCCCGGAAGUAGGACCUGGUCCAGUCGUGCUUGGGUUUGGCUGCAGCCAUGAUUCUCCGGAUUUGGUUUGGCAUCCAGCACACAGCCAGUGUCACAACAAUUAGCCCUGAGCAGGAGAGAAAAAAGGAGACAGGGAAAGGGGAAACAGCAUGAGAACAAAAAUAAAUAAAUAACCAUAAAAUA